GCUGUUACAACGAGCAGGAAAAGCGCUGUCCAACGACAUAUAAAGCGCAAUCCGAGGCUUCUAACAGGCGCAAAUUAACCCACUUCCCUUAUUUUGGGAUGAGAGACUGCAACGAACAAAAAUAAAACCAAGUUGUAACUGUAGAUGUCAUUUUAUUUUAAACGUAUUUUAUUUGGACACAUCAGUCCGCAGUUGGCGUCGUGCGGGGUCCGCCUCAAGCGCAGCAAAGCGAAGAGUUGACAACAGCCGGGAUACAGGCAAAAGACACUGUGGAAGCCCCAGCGCCAGGGAGGCAGAGAGCGGACCCGGGGCUGGAUGUACCCAGCCUUACCCUCCCCAGCGGCUCGCCAUGGGGGAGACCAAAAUUAUCUAUCAUUUGGAUGAUCAGGAAACUCCGUACCUGGUCAAGUUGCCCAUCGCUGCCGACAGGGUUACUCUUGCCGACUUCAAAAAUGUCCUCAAUAAACCCAACUAUACAUUUUUCUUCAAAUCUAUGGACGAUGAUUUCGGGGUGGUGAAAGAGGAGAUCUCAGACGAGUAUGCCAAACUGCCCUGUUUCAACGGCCGAGUCGUGUCAUGGUUGGUGUCAGCAGAUGGUUCUCGCGGGGUUCCGAUGGGGGCUCUAUGUGCAGACAGCCAGGCAGAGCUGCCACUCCCUUUGGAGAGGACCGGCGGCAUCGGAAACUCAAGACCCCCCUCUUUCCAUGCUAAUGCUGCUGGCAGUCAGGACAACCUGGACAACGAGACAGAGACGGAGUCGGUCGUGUCGCUACGGAGAGAGAGGGUGUGGGAGAGAGACCGGGGCAGGGAGAGAGAGAGGCCGCGAAGGAAAGAUAAAGAUAUUCAUGACCAUGGUGGCAGAUUGAAUGGUCACACGCGUCCAGAGCGGGAGCCGCGGCGACCGUUGCUGGCGGGCUACGAGAGCUCGUCAACGCUGAUGAGUUCUGAGCUGGAGAUGACAAGCUUCUUCGACUCUGAAGACGAUGACGCAUCCAGUCGGUUCAGUGACUCCACGGAGCAGAGCACGUUGUCAAGGCUCGUGAGACGACAUCGUCGGCGACGGCGGAAACCCAAAGUGCCACAGAUGGAGAGGUCGUCCUCUUUCAGCAGCGUCACAGAUUCCACCAUGUCACUGAACAUCAUCACUGUCACUUUAAAUAUGGAGAAGUAUAACUUCCUGGGCAUCAGUAUUGUGGGUCAGAGUAAUGAGAAAGGAGAUGGAGGAAUCUAUAUCGGCUCUAUCAUGAAGGGAGGGGCGGUGGCCGCUGACGGACGCAUCGAGCCUGGAGACAUGCUCCUGCAGGUGAACGACAUCAACUUUGAGAACAUGAGCAACGAUGAUGCAGUAAGAGUACUGAGGGAGAUUGUGCAUAAGCCAGGCCCUAUUACUCUGACUGUGGCUAAGUGCUGGGAUCCUAACCCUCGAGGAUGCUUCACACUACCGAGAAGUGAGCCGAUCCGUCCCAUAGACCCUGCUGCCUGGGUGUCCUACACUGCAGCAAUGACGGGGGUGUACCCAGUGUACGGUAUGAGCCCUUCUAUGAGCACAAUCACCUCCACCAGCUCUUCCAUCACAAGCUCCAUCCCUGAGACUGAGCGGUUCGAUUACUUUCAUCUAUCCACUCACAGCGACAUGGCAACAAUUGCCAAAGCAAUGGCCAAUCCAGAGUCUGGCCUGGAAGUGCGAGACAGGAUGUGGCUCAAGAUCACAAUCCCCUCCGCCUUCAUAGGCUCGGACGUGGUGGACUGGCUCUACCAUCACGUAGAGGGCUUCACUGACCGCCGUGAGGCCAGGAAGUACGCCAGCAACCUGCUGAAGGCCGGCUGUAUCCGGCACACCGUCAACAAGAUCACCUUCUCCGAGCAGUGCUACUACAUCUUCGGAGACCUCUGUGGCAAUAUGGCUAACCUCUCCCUGGGAGACCACGAAGGGUCGAGUGGGGCGUCCGACCAGGACACCCUUGCUCACCUGCCCCACCCUGGGGCUGCCCCCUGGCCCCUGGCCUUCCCCUACCAGUACCCUAUCCCACACCCCUACAACCCACACCCUCUGCACGAGCCCCCCCGAAGCCAACCUGGAGGGGGGGACAGUGCGGGCAGCCAGCACAGCGAAGGGAGUCGUAGCAGCGGGUCCAACCGCAGUGGCAGUAAGAAGGAAGUGGCUGCUGGGGGGGCAGGCGGUGGCGAGUCCAAGUCGACAGGAAGCGGCAGCGAAUCGGAGCUGAGGAGGGAGAAGGCCCCCAGUGAGCGCUUAGUGGCGGCGCCCCCUAGUGAGCACAGCAUGCACAGCACGUACAGCAUGGCCCAAAGUGUCAACAGCACCCACUCCCACAGAGGUAGCCUGGUGUACGGACCCCCCGGCCUGCCGGCCCAGCCCCCGCCCUCCCUCCCCACCACGGCCCCCCCUGGGUCGACCCCGGGCCGAGACCUAGCCUCCGUGCCCCCCGAACUCACCGCCUCACGCCAAUCGUUCCACAUGGCCAUGGGCAACCCCAGCGAGUUCUUUGUCGAUGUCAUGUGAUGUGUGCGUUAGGUGAUCCAGAGGGCGGAUCCUCACUGCAGCUGUUCAGAACUUACUGUUACGGAGAGAAAUAAGGUGGUGGUGGAGGAGGAGGAAAGGAGAUAGAGGCUAAGAGAAAGACAGGUGGUGCUGAGAGGAACGUGGGUGUAACUGCAUAGCUCUCCUUCUGUCUGUCUGUCCCCAGUCCUAUGGCACCUGUACUUUCUUCAGUGAAGAACAUCGGAGUAGAUUUGUUAUGCAGCUCUCUCUCCUUGAUCCCAAUUAAAUAUACUAUUUUGUUAAUAUGUUAUUUUCCACAUCAGUUUGUGUGUAUAUGAGUCAGUCAAUAUGUGGUUGGAAUUGAAUGUUUUCUUUUUGUCAUUUUCUCCUUCUUAUUCUAUACUGUGGACAGGGUCGUGUAAUGGUUUUAAAACGUUUAGCAACUGGAAACGAAAAUGAGCAUUUCUUAUUGGAGAAAUAUGUUCAAGUAGUCCCUCCGUUUGUCUAUUUUAUUCAGUUUGGUGCCUAAUGAACAUGACCCAGGUCCCAGGACUGUGUUAAGGAUGUUGGUGUUUCUCUCUGUGAGUCUUCUCUGCGCUGCAGUGGGGCGAAACGGAAUGUUCACUCAAAUGAACGUCUGAAAGAAAACAUAGAAAAUAAAACUGUCUGUUCUUUUUG